UCUCCUUCCUUCCCCCGUAUUCCCAUCUCCCCCGCUCGAUUCCAUCCUCCUCUUAUCCAUUCCUUUCUGUUAGCUCCUCCUACUUGUACAUAGCUAGCUCUUAAGCUCAGACAGAGAAUCUAUUCGAGGUGAAACGUUCCGCGUCCAGUUCCUGAGCUCCAUCAAGCAAAGGCCUCAUACUGUAGUACUACUCCCCCCCAUUUCUACCACGUAAGGUAGAAGGUUUGGUGCAGUUCAUAGAUUUCCUCUACCUCUCAACAAAUAUCUCUUCUUCCCCGUCCUAGCAGACCAGAAAAAUGCUUCCGAUCCGUGACCCCGAGUACAUCUUUGACCAGUCUUUGAACGAGCAACUUGAGUUCAACCCUCCUCAUCUUCUUCUUCCCAACAGCUCCUGCUUCCCCUCCUCCACUCCGACAAUCUUUUGUCCCGACGCCUUUCGUGAUCUCUUCUUAGCCUCCUCCAAUAUCGGCAUCGCGAAUGCGGCUCCAACAUCUACUCGGCCAAGCCUUCCUCUCGGUGAUUCAGCCACAUCGGUGGAGAGGCAGGAAGGCGACGACAGUUGUAGCCGUAAAAGGGCUCUGAGCAAAUGCAGGCACAGCAAGAUAGUUACCGCAAAUGGGCCGAGGGAUCGAAGGAUGAGGCUCUCCAUCGAUGUGGCACGGAGCUUUUUCCGACUACAGGACACGCUCGGCUUCGACAAGGCCAGCAAGACAGUGCAAUGGCUGCUCACCGUGUCCAAAGCUGCCAUCGAAGAGCUCGGCACCCUUUCCUCAGCCGAACAUAGCGGUUGCAGCAACCGAAGCCCGAAAAGUGAAUCAUCCGCUUUGGUAUGCCAGGAUUCGUCCGCUAUUUCGAGUUCCAAGAACAAGUCCUCCACCGUGACCGCUGCAGCCAGGGAAGUAAAUAAGAGCAAAGCCGGAAAAGGAGGUGUUAAGCCGACGAGGAAGGUGGAGUACCACUCGGCGCUUGCGAGGGAGUCGAGGGCCAAGGCAAGGGCGAGAGCAAAAGAGAGGACGAGGGAGAAGCAAAGGAUGACUUCCUUGGAUAUCAUCAAGGAAGAAACAAGCUUGAACAAUAUGAACUCAUUGAUGGAGUUUGCUAAUAUAGAGGAAGACGAAUCUUGCGCACCGAACUGGUGCUUGAACGUAGCCAGCGACACAGCAGCAGCCUAUGAAGUCCCAAUGAUAGGUGGACCAGUGCUGAUUCCGGUCUUUGAGAAUAGCCAGUAUACCACGGCAAUCAAUCACGCAGGUGGCAUCUUCGAAGAACAGUGGGACGUGGACGCACUUUCCUUGUACUCGACAUCGCUGGUGGCCUCGGACAGCUAUCCGAAUCUGUAA